ACCGACAUGGUCAAUUUCGGUCACUAAACAAAAUGACAGUUGUUUUGGUGGAUUAAUUAACAAAAACAAAGAUUUUUUUGGAUUAAAGUAUGAACAUUUAGAUGUUGAUGUUACCUAUUGGAUUCAAGUACAAACUUUUGGAUGUUCACGUUGAAUGUUGCACUAGUGUUUUUUCCUCAUUUUUCUAGUUUCUGGUUGCCCCCUCCCUUUUGUACGAGUGUUGCACCAUUGUUUGUUUUCAUAUAUUUUGAGAAUGGUUUAUGAAGCUGUUGGCAGAGUAGAAGUAUUUACUUUUGUAUAUUUGAUUUGUAAGUUUGAAGAGAAUUAAUUUAGUAAUUGAUAUAUAAUACUGAACAAAAUAUUAGGAAUUGAGAGUGAAAUAGUGAAUUUAUUUUAUGAUUGAGAUUCAAAUUGAAUUUAGCACACUAUUUAGUAUUUGGAAUUUACUAUUUGAUAUCGAAAUAGCCAUAUUGUACCGAUUUUUAACCCUAAAUUAGGGAUGGCAAUAGGUCGGGUCGGGGGCGGAUAGUGCAUAUCCGUUACCCUACCCAAUGUAGUUCGGGUUUUACCCUAUGGUAGAAAAUCAAAACCAUGCCCAUACCCGUUCGGGUUUCGGGUAUCCACGGUUAUCCAUGGGUAAUAAUUUCUCCUUAUAAUUCAAACCAAUAUGUUAACAUUCACACGUAUACUCACAUUACGUAAGAGGAAAAGUACGACAAUAAUUCACUAGAAUGACGAAAAUUAAUUAAACAACAUAAUUUCAUGAAAAUAUUAUAUUUAUAUGCUAAAUAUAAAAAAUUCUAGGGAAAAAUAAUGAUCAUUUCUAGAAAAAAAAUACAUAUGGAUGUGUAUAAUCGGGUGAGUUCGGGUUGGAUAGUGAGAUAACCAUGCCCACCGAUUACCCGCAAUAUUCACGAAAAAUGCUUCGGGUUCGGAUUUUAUCCUACCCGAUUAGGUCGGAUUCGGGUGGAUAUCCACGGUUACGGAUAUUUUUGCCAUCCCUACCCUAAUGCAAUGUUUUUUUUUUAUAAAAUAAAUGCAAUGGUUUCACUUGGCUAGUACAAUCCUAGUCCCUAGACUACGACUUUGGAGACAGAUGUUAAUAGUGGGCCUAAUCCCCCAAUCCUUGAUUGAGUUGGCCUUGUUUACAGAUCCAGCCCUUGCUCUCCGGCCCGGCCCAAUCAAUUAAGUUACAGAAAGGAACGAAGAGAAAUCUGUUUCGUUUGGUUCCUGCAUUCUUUAACUUCGUCUUCUCUUUCUCUUCUUCUUUCCCCUCUGGCUCGAAGCUUUUUGUUCUCCAAUGCAAUCCCUAAAACGUCCUGUCAGAGUAGACUGUACAGUAAUAUGAUAUCUAUCAAGCGUUUCCUCCUUCCAACGCUUGGGUCUGAUUCGGCUGUACGGAUGGAUGCAACAAGAGCUGGAAAUGGUAAGAAAUCCUCUGGGCUACAAGGAAAGGAACUGAGAGAAGAUAUGAAACUGAAGGGAAAGGGAUACAGAGGAAUGCCCAAUGGUCGGUCACCUUCUGCCUCCCUCUUGCUUUCCCCCAAGGCAACCUUCCACCCAUUUUUGUUCUCAGGGCGGCAUUUAUCAUUGCCAUCUACCCACCACUCGCUCGUCUUCAUCAACACCACCACAAAAGCGCUUCAUUAAUUCAACAGCCAUUUUUGGAGGUGAAAAAAAAUGGCCGGAGGAGCUCACAGCAAGAGGCGCACGGCCACAAGGCCACGAUUUUCCCAGCUCAUCAUGCCUGGAAUGGUCCGGGACCGGCAGCUGGCGGUUCCGAAGUUGUUCGCCAAGGAGUACGGUGAUGGUCUCUCGAACAGGGUAGUUUUCGAGCUCCCCAAUGGCGCAGAAUGGCCCAUCCGGCUCUCUGGAAGCGGCGACAAGCUUUGGUUCAGCCAGGGCUGGCGACAAUUUGCUGACUUUCACUGUGUUAACUCGACGGGUUACUUCCUGAUGUUUGAAUAUCUUGGUCGUAGUAGUUUCCGUGUGUUUGUAUUUGAUCCCAGUGCCUCCGAGAUCAGCUACCCUCCGUCCGAAGCUGAUGUUAGUAGUGAAUCUGGAGGGCAAGAAGAAGAUCUUCCUAGUGAGAGUAGCCAGGGUGAUGUUGAAGGUUGCACAGCUGGGAAGUUUAAGAGGGUGAUUGGGAGGCCAAAACCUUUUCUAGGAAGCGGGUCGUCAGCGGGUGGAAAUGGUGGGGUAUGGAGAAGAACCCUUUCUGCAGGGCUUCCCGAAAAAGGAGUUUCAAGGACAAAUAUGCACUCUUCUAAGCUAAGAACAAAGAGUGGCAGGCAGCCCACCAUCUUUGGUAGUUCAUCAGAAACUGCUGUUCCGUUUACUGCAGGAAAUCCUUCCUUCGAAGUGACUGUUGCACCUGGUCAUCUGCCAGUCUCUCGCAAUUGCAAAGUGAGAAUGCCAACUGGGUUUGCAAGCAAUGUCGAGGAAGAUAUCUGUGAAGUAGAGUUGUGGGUUCAAGGCAGUCACUGGCCGGUGACCUUGAAUAGAGAAGUACAGAAAGGGAAUGAUUACAUAUCCCUGGGUGGUGGAUGGAGAGCAUUUGCAGCAGAGAAUUCUUUGGAUGAGGGAGACGUUUGUGUUUUCAAGCUUAUUGCGACCAAGGAAGAUGGUUUCAGAAAGUCGAUGAAGUUCAAGGUCAAUAUUUUCAGAGGAGAAUAGGGUAGUGUUUUCUUGGAAUUUCAUAUCUCUCUCUGCUGUGAUAGGUUUGUUUUGAAUUAUGCAUUUGACGAAAUGGUUAUCGGUCCAAACAGAUGGAUUGUUGUUGAAUUGGAUUGAGAUGGAUUGUUAAAUGCAUUGUUCCGCAUUUGCCGCUAGGUAGUGUAUGAA